AUGUUGCCUUAUUUAAAUGAGCCUCAUAAUCAUGGUUUGCAACAGAUAGAACAUGAGAGGCUUCUCAACAUGACUGUGACAUCAGAUAAAUCUGGGCUCCAAGUUGCUAUUCAUGCUAUCGGAGAUAAAGCAAAUGAUUUAGUUUUGGAUGUAUAUCAAUCAGUGGCUUCUAUGAAUGGAGUGAGAGAUCGCAGAUUCAGGAUUGAGCAUGCACAACAUUUGGCCAUGGGAGCAGCAGCUCGUUUUAGUCAGCAAGGGAUCGUUGCCUCAGUGCAGCCAGACCACUUGCUAGAUGAUGCUGAUUCUGCAUCAAAGAAGCUUGGAAAGGAAAGGGCUGACCUGGGAUCUUACUUAUUUCGAUCACUUUUAGGCAGCAAUGGAAGCUUGGCUUUUGGUUCUGACUGGCCUGUUGUAGAUAUUGAUCCUUUACAUAGUAUCAGGACAGCAAUUAAAAGAAUACCACCUGGUUGGGAAGCCACAGAACGCCUUACGUUGAAAGAAGCCAUAAAUGCGUAA